ACUUGUCACGUGGUUUAAAACUUCAGCAAGAUGGCGCGGAAACACUAACAGAUGAGAUUUGCUUUCUGUUUUUUCCUCGGGUUCAGCCAGUCGCUUUGGUCCACCGCGUCAUCUCCAGAUGUUCCAGUUCUCCAUGACUCAGCAGCCUCAGGAAAUAUGGCUGCGUUCAUGAGGAAAACAGAGUAGAAACCCUUCAUUAGCUGCCAUCACACGUUCUCGGACUGCUGCGUGGUUGCCGCCUGCUUCUCAGUGUGUCUUGUUGUUUUUAUCCUGAGGGAUGAGCGUGUUGGAAGUGAAGUUCGUCGCGGAUGGAGAUGUUCUGGAGCACAUCCUGGACAAGCAGGAGGGCGUGCAGAGCAGCGCUGGCUCCGUGCAGAGGAUGGUGAAGUUUAAGAGCCCACCUGGACGGAAGGGAUGCAGAGAGGAUGGACAACAGGAUGAGGAGGAAAACGGAGUCUUUGAUCAGCAGAAUUACAUCCAAGCUUUAGGAACAGAUAAUAUUGAAGAAGACGAGGAAAGUUGGUCCAGAGUUGCUGGUUCCUCCAUUUUUACAUUCCAGAAAGUCAAACAUGGCAACAGCAUGGCCCACACUGCCAGCGAGCUGGCUCGGACCCCUGGGAAAAGCGUGAGCUUCAGUUCGGCCGAACUCUGCAGCCCCACACGAACAGGCCGAAACCACAAAGCUGAAAACAGGACCCCACAAAAGCAGAGCAAGAAGGUCCAGUUUGUCUCCACAACCCCACACAGGCUUAGAAAGAGACUAACAGCACCGAGUCUUCGGUCGGACAGCGAUAGUGAGCUCUCACCCUCUGAUUCUGGGGAAGAGGAGGAGGAAGAGGAUAAGCUAAAGGAAAAACAGAAAGUGAAUAAAGAGGAAAAGGAGAACCAGAAAAACCAAAGAAGUGCCAGUAAAGGUUCAUCUGUAGCUCUCUACAAGACUCCAACUAAGAAGAGCAAGAACACACCAGAACCUGUUAACCAGCCCACCAUGACCGAGGAAUAUUUUGAGGCUCAUGGCAGCUCCAAAGUUCUGACGUCGGACCGAACCCUCGAGCGGCUGCACACGCCUAAACUAGACAGGGAGACUUUGGCUCAUCUUUUAGAAGGUAAACCGGCCUGUUACUCUAAGGAGAUCCAGGAGCUGCACAACAAACACAGAAAGCACUUUACCAAAUGGAUGUUACAGUUACAGUUGGGAUUCAGUGUGCUGGUUUAUGGUUUGGGCAGCAAAAAGGCUUUGUUAGAAGACUUCAGGGUGUCUCAUCUGUCUCAAGAGAUCCACCUCGUCAUCAACGGAUUCUUCCCCUCCAUUACUCUCAAAACGAUAUUAAAUGCUUUGACCUGUGAGGUUCUGGAGCACCAGGGAACGUUCCGAACCCCCUCAGAUCAGAUCCAUUUCAUUGCUCAGACCCUCAAAGACAGCCCAGAUCUCCACGUGUACCUGCUGAUCUAUAACAUCGACGGACCAAUGCUGCGAGGGGAGAAGACCCAGAGCGCGCUGGGGCAGCUGGCGUCCCUGCCUAACCUGCACUUGGUGGCCUCUAUAGACCACAUCAACGCUCCGUUAGUGUGGGACCAGUUUAAGCAGAGCCAGUUUAACUGGCUGUGGUGGGAGUGCGUGACGUUCCAGCACUAUACCGAGGAGACGUCAUAUGAAAACUCGCUCCUGGUGCAGCAGACGGGCGCUCUGGUUCUGUCCUCUCUCACACAUGUGCUGCGCAGCUUGACACCCAAUGCAAGAGGAAUCUUCAAACUGUUGGUAAAAUUCAAGCUGGAAAACAAAGACAAUCCUUCAUACACAGGAUUGUCAUUCCAAGACUUUUACCAGCGCUGUCGAGAGGCGUUCCUGGUGAACUCUGAUCUCACAUUGAGGACUCAGCUGACAGAGUUCAGAGACCACAAACUGAUCCGAACACGCAAGGGUGCAGACGGAGUGGACUACUUGAUUGUUGCUGUGGAAACGAGCACGCUGAUGGACUUCCUAGAGAAUGAGGAUGACGACUGAAAGGACAAGACUUUAAAAUUAUGAUCUGUAUUUUUCCCUGCAGGUUUUAGUUGAGCCAUUGGCAAAUUAAGAAACCCACGCUGGUAUUUGCCACGGGGCUAAUAGUUAAAAUCACAUUAAUAAAGUGUUGGCUCUAAAAGCACCAUUGCACUGUGACGUUCACAUUAGUUUGAUGUACACAUCUUUGCAGAUUUCGUCUGAUCCAAUGAAAGCAACAGUGAAUUAAAUUA